GGGACGCGGCAACCAAGCGGCUACUCUCUUUGGAAGGGCUGGUGGCCGCACUCGUGUCUGUAGUAAAGAAGAACACUGACAAGCACGGAGACGUGUCAGCGUCGUUACUGAUUGCUGAGACCUUUGGCUUCCUGUGUGUGUCAGAGGAGAACCACAUACAGCUGGUGGAUGCUGGGGUGUUGGGCGCCAUUGGAGCGUUCACCAAGUCAAACGAUCCCGAGCUUCUGUUCUGGGCCGCUGCUCUGCUUUUGAACUUCACAGUCGCUUCAGCCACCCUGAUCACACACACCAAGUUGCGCAUACCCGUGGAGAGCUGCUUGCAAAGUUUGUUCUAUAGUGAUAACCUGUGCCAUGUAGUAGUGAGUGCCUAUAUAGCACUUACCCCUGCAUUCAAGCCUUAG